AGUCGGCUUGUUCUAUUUCGUCAGUGUUUCUCCUCGAGAUGUGGGUUGUCCUCAGAUUUGUCUCACAUUUAAAGUCGGCUGGUCUCCCGGAGCAAAGUAAGAUGUAACCUACCUGCUCAUGAUUUUCUGUGCUGCUGCUCCUGUGUCGAGCUCUGACAAUUUUUCUCAGUUUGAAUUAAUUCUGACAUUUAAUUUAUCUUAAUAGCAACGUGUGGUACAAACAACGAAUCAUUAACCCUGUAAUACACUAAUUAGAGUCUAUCAGUAGUUUUGCGUUUGUAUUGCAAUUCCCUCUUGGGUUGGGAAAUUAUGUAAUGACCUCUUGCUGUCGGCAGGGGCGCUGUUGAGCGCGAUUUCACUACCCUGACAUAGAACUGUGACAGAUAGAACCGUUAUUAUCUGUAAUGUGAUAGUUAAAUUAAUACAAUGUCAGUGACAGAAAGUAACUAAGUACAUUUACUCAACUACUUUACUUAAGUACAAUUAUGAGGUACGUGUACUUUAUUUGGCUAUCUUAAUCUUAUGCUAUGCUGUACUUCUACUCCACUGCACUUCAGAGGCAAAUUGUACUUUUUUUCUCCAUUACAAUUAUCGGAUAACAUAUAUAUAUAUAUGUACUUAAGUGGAAGAUCAGUGUAUGUAGCACAUACUGUAUUUACCCAAUACACUGUCAAUGCAAUGUUACUUAAACUCACUGCGGUGAUGAAAACGAAUUACAUACAUUUACUAAACUAUGUAUCUAGAGUUCUGAAGUUCUUGUACCCUACUUAAGUAUUUUAAUUACAUGCAAUUUGUUUUUUAUUUAUCCACUGCAUUCCAGAGAAAAUACUGUACUUUUUACUACACUACGUUUAUUUAAUGUUAAUGCCUCAGUAAUAAUAUAAUAUAUAAUGUUACACUGCAAAGUGAGCACUUAGUAAAUACAUUUUUUUAGUUGUUGCACAAAUGCACUUUUCCUUAGGUUGAAUACAGGAUUGUUGCUGAUAAUGGAGUCCUUGUGCAUAAUGGUUUUAUGAGUAAUUUUACUUAAGUAAAUAAUUAAAAAUACUUAAACCACCACUGCUAAACUGUGAGCUUGUUGAUGGGCUAUGUGUGUCUCUUCUAUUCGUUGUAGUUCUACAAACGCACUACACUACCGCACGGCGCCGGCGCGCACGCACGUAUUCGCUCGCGCUGUAUUAUUGCUCAGAAACCAGCCACCAUGGGGACUUGAGGGGGCAGUCGACGGGUCAUUUUCGUCAAUAUUUAAUAUCAGAAAGCUUUCCAUAUGCUGCGUUUUGGAGCACACAGUUCGCGCCACUAUCCCCAAUGCAGCGGAUUACGGGGAUCGGGCUCACAGAGACGGGUGAAUUGUUUGCCAGCAAAAUCAUUGCUAGAGGGGAACAUCUGACCUCUCCCUUGUGCAAUCAGAGACAUGAGUGUUGUCAGAGAAUUACAUGGGAUUGGGUACCGGGGUGGUGGUGGUGGGGUUGUGGUCUCUCUGAGCGGCCCUACCCACUUUACCGAGGAUGCUCCGCGACCCCCAGUUCCUGGUGAGGAGGGAUCUGAUUUGGACCCCCCAGUCCAGUCAGCCAGCACCCGUCCAAACAACCUUUCCCAAACUCUUGGCUAUCCUCCGUCAUCCUCGUCUUCUAAAAUGGGGGAUCUAUCGAGCUACGCGCCCUCCUCAUCGUCUGCGACCCCGCGUCGCCCGGAUCUGGACCUGGGGUAUGAACCCGAGGGCUCGGCUUCACCAACUCCACCGUACCUGAAGUGGGCAGAGUCGCUUCACUCUCUGCUGGACGACCAGGAGGGCAUCCAGCUGUUCCGAAACUUCCUCUGCCAGGAAGGGUGCGCGGACCUUCUCGACUUCUGGUUUGCUUGCUCGGGGUUCAGGAAGACGAGCCAGGAGAAGAGGGCAAAGCUGGCCAAGGCCAUCUAUAGGAAGUACAUUGUAGACGGAACUGGGAUUGUCUCCCGGCAGAUCAAAGCCGCCACCAAGAGCUUCAUCAGAGACUGUGUGGGAAGGCCGCAUCCAGACCCUGCCAUGUUUGAACAGGCCCAGACAGAGAUCCAGGGCAUGAUGGAGGAGAACACCUACCCUUUGUUCCUGAAGUCGGAUCUGUACCUGGAGUACACGCGUACGGGAGGAGAGAGCCCCAAGCCUAACCCCAGCGAUCAGAGCCCUUCAUCGGGGCUAGCCAAGCCUGUGCCCGGGUACUUACCCACACUCGCUGAGGAUGAGGAGUGGAGGUGUGGAGGAGGUGUGAGGGAGGACGAGAAGGACGAGGAGGAGUGUGGAGACACGCAAGCUGAUAGGCUGACUCAAAGCCUGCUGAUGCAGACAGCACCGCAUCGAGCCUCGACCAACCGGAGGAGGCCAGACAGCAGGGAGUACAGGCCCUGGAGGGAGCCGGUAAACCCAUACUACGCAAACAUGGGCUACGCUCGCGCUCCAGCCACCAGUGCCAAUGACAGUGAGCAGCAGAGCAUGUCGAGCGAUGCCGACACACUGUCGCUGACCGACAGCAGCCUAGAUGGUAUUCCUCCAUACAGAUAUCGGAAGCAGCAUCGUAAAGAGAUGCAUGAAAGUGCCAAAGCCAAUGGACGUGUGCCCCUACCUCAUAUACCUCGCACGUACCGCAUGCCAAAGGACAUCCACGUAGAGCCUGAGAGGUUUGCAGCGGAGCUCAUCAGCAGGCUGGAGACGGUUCUCCGAGAGAGAGAUGCUCAGGAAAGACUGGAAGAGAGGCUGAAGAGAGUUAGACUGGAAGAAGAAGGUGAUGAUGCUGACGUCUCCGUGGCGGCCUCCGUGUCCUCUCACAGCAUACCACUCCCCCUCCCCUCGUCGUUUCCUCCUCUCUACGGCGCCCGCUACUCAGAGACCACUGCUAACCCGGCAGUCGCCACUUACGGCGGCCUGGUGGCCAUGGAGGACUCCCAAGACGACGACCCGGAAUCCAUCUUGGACGAGCACGUGCAGCGCGUGAUGAAAACGCCGGGCUGCCAGUCGCCAGGGGCCACCAACAGCACCUUAGGAGGAGGGGGUCGGCAAUCUCCUCCCAAAUCAUCACGGUCACCUGACGGCGGGAUCGGCCCGCCUCACUGCCCCCCAGGGAGGGGUCACAGUCUGCCUCCUGCUGGGGUCAAAGGUAUGCAUCAUCACAAGCAGCCGUAUCACCACAGAGGAAGAGAAGGGCCGGAGGAGGCGGGCUCUAGGUCUCAGGCCAACCUCAUGUGGAACGGAGACCCGGCUGGCCAGUACGCAGGGAGAAGUCGCAACUACGCCGACGGGGCUGGAGCCAGCACGCUCGAGGGCAUGGGCUACAGUAGUAAAGGCAGCACGCUAUCACGGCGAGGUUGUAAGAAGACGUCGGAGACGUCGGGCAAAGGAGAGGAGAGUGGGCGGGGCGUGGAGGGCCAGGUACCGCUGGAGGACCUGGAGAGAAACCAGAAGAUCCUGCAGUGGAUGAUGGAAGGAGACAGACAAAGGAAGACCUCACACGGCGGCAGCACCAGUAGCUCGAGGAGGACGGGACCCAGCAGCGAGUCACCGCACCCGACGUCGGUGGAGCGCCCUGGAGCCGUGCACCCGUGGGUCUCCGCCCAGCUGCGUAACAACCCCUCCUCAGUGGCCCCCGCCAUCCCCGGCUCAACGUCCACCCAGGUCCAGCCCUCGCACCCUUUUAUCCAGGACCCAGCUAUGCCCCCCAACCCGGCUCCCAACCCCCUCACCCAGCUGGAGGAGGCUAGGAGGAGACUGGAGGAGGAGAGGAGGAGGAACGCACUACAGCAGGCCAAGCAGAGGCAUAAGUCUGGUAAACGCCAAGUGUGUGAGAACAUGACGGUCGCUUACUACUUUUGUGGAGAGCCAAUCCCAUACCGAACGUCAGUCAAAGGCCGUGUGGUGACUUUGGGCCAGUUCAAGGAGCUGCUUACCAAAAAGGGCCAUUAUAGGUUCUACUUUAAGAAAGUGAGCGACGAGUUUGACUGUGGUGUGGUGUUCGAGGAGGUUCGUGACGAUGACGCCAUCCUGCCCAUCUUCGAGGAGAAGAUCAUCGGGAAGGUGGAGAAGGUUGACUGAAAUUUGGGAACAGGAAGAUGACACAGAAUUGGGGUGGGGGGGGGGGAAUGGAUCAUUUGAAAAAAUAACAAAAGGAGAUAGGAAGAGAACAUUGGGGUUUGGUGAGAAAAACGGAAUGAAAGAAAGUAGAAGGAUGGAGGGAGCCAUGUGUGACAGAAGGGAGAUUGCCGGAGUGUAAAGGAGGUUAUUUCUAUGGACUGUCUGGAUGUCGGCGUCAUGCCCGGAUCAAACCCACGUAAAGCGAAGAAGCUCGGCCGUAAGGAAAUAAGGAAAGGAAUAUAAAUUAUUUCACCUGUCUUGUCUCCACUGUGGAUAUUCGAGGAGCGCUGUUGAAAUCUGACGUCUGACGAGUCUUCCACUUCCACUGCGACGGAUGGGGAAAAGGGUGAGGGGACUGCUGGAAGGGAGAAGAUGAAGUAGUCUUCCACUUCUGCUCCGGGGGGGGUGUCCUCCGCAGACCAUUACGAUGCUGCUACAUUACCACGGAAACUCUUCAAUCGGUGCUCGGGACAGUAAAGAGAGCGGCGGCAGCGGUCCGUUCGGGAGUCUUGCUGCCGUUUGCUGUCUCUUUUCCUCAGCUGGUGACAAGGGGGGGGAGAGGACGGAGGAACUUUUUAGCCUGCUUCUCCUCUCGUUUGACUUCAUAGCCUCCAAACAGAAACGUUCUCACCCUUGAUUCCUAGAUGUCAUGUAGUGAUCUCUCACAUCAACAUGUUCAGACAACAGUUCUCUACAUAACUUGUUUACCAAAGCUACAUAUUUUUGAUAAGUCAAGUAUCCUAGCUACUUGUUUCAUUUUAUUUGAAUUGUGUAUGUACAAGGCAGGUACUAUUACUUAUUAAUGCAGCCGUAUUUCGUUAUAUCUCAACUUAAUGUUGUAUUAUUGUGUAUGUUUUGAAGCUAGUUCAUUAGUGAUUUCAGGGCAGCCAUUUUGUUUGUUUUUCCAUCUCUAUAAUACAUCCUUGCACCUCACUUCUGUACUGUUAACCUGCGAGUGUGUAGUUCUGUUUUGCUGCGCGAUGCUUUUUUUAAUUCUAGGCUUCUUUUUUUUUUUUGUUCACCCACAGCAACUCUCAUGAAAAAGAGCAGCGCACACUUACGGUGUGCCACCUUCGACCACAGUAUCUGUUGUUUUUAACAGGUCACACUGUCGCCUCAUCUCUGUGUUUCUGCUCCACUGGGUAUGUAACUCUGUACUCGGUAUAGGUGCCUGCCUGCCCGCCCGGCCAGUGCCAUUUACGAUCUAGAAUGCUUAUUCUGAAGCGAGUGUGAAAGCCCGUGUCAUGUCUGCCUGAACUCAGCCAAAGAGCAUACCGUGCGUCCCGUACGCCUUCAUGCGUAUGUCUGUCCGUGCAGUCCGAGUCCACGAGCAUCAAAUGUGUUCUUAAAUCACGAGCAGAUGGGGAAUCUUCUCCCUCUUGCAGAUUCCCAAACGUCAAGACGUUGUAGCUCAACACUGAGUUAAACAUCUGCAGCUCAUCUUAAAAGAACAGUUUGACAAUUGAGCAAUUAUUUCCCACUGAACACCACUUUCAUGUCUGUUUGGCAAAUUUAGAGCUUCAGGCUGCAGUUGGUUAGCUUAGCAUAAAGACUGGAAAUAAGGGCAAAUGGCUAGGUUUGGCUUAUUGCUUUUAAUACAGAUUUAAUCUGCAAAUAUAUUUUUGCGAUUAAGCUAUUGGUCUUCCUAUCACAUAUUUUUUUUUUUUUUUUUAAACAAUCACUUGUUUUGUCCGACCAAUAGUUCAAAAUCAAGAUAUGCGGUUUACUGUCAGGUGGGAUAAAUCUGCACAAUUUAGAACCUGACCAAAAUAGCAACUAGUUAAUUUUUGGCCAAUUAUUUGACUAAUUCUUAGCUGUAAAUCCAACUAAACACAACCUGUUAACUAGUUGAGCCUUAAAGGUGCUUCUGUUUUGUUGUUUUGGACAGAGCCAGGCUAGCCAUUUCCCUCAGUUUCCUUUCUUUAUGCUAAGCUAAGCUAACCGGCUGCUGACUGUAGCUUCACAUGAGAAGGGUAUCAGUCCAACACUCGGAAAGAAAUAAAAAAAAAAAAAUAGCGUAUUUUCCCAAAUGUCAAAACUACUCCUUCAAACCUCUCACAUCAGCACAGUACUGCAGUCGAGGACGUCACGAAGCACCGUGCAGAGAGUGCACUUAUCACACACCAGCUGUGGAAGCUGAAUGUAAUUUGACUUUUUUUAAACUUUUACCUGCUAUGUCCUCAAAGGAAACCCCUCGUUCGGUCCUGUAAUCAUGUCGAGUCUUCAGUAUUGAUCUCAAGCUGUUGGCUUGACUGAGUGUUUUGUGUUAUCUAUGCUGGUAGUUCAUUGAAUGUGUUCAUGAGGCCCUACUGUACGUCUUGCAGGAAUGUCAAAUACAAUUUGUCCUGGGCUUCGGCCCGGUAAGGGAAACGUAGGAUCGGAAAAAAACACGUGUCCUCACUUCAACCCAUUAUGCCUUCAAUAUGAAAUUUAAAAUUUAGAUAUGUAUUUGUUUAUAAAAAAAAGUGUAAUUUUAAUAAUCACCAAUCAUGUUCUUUAUAAGGAAUGUUUUCCUGAUGAGUUGAAUUAUCUAUUUUGUUUUAAUGUUUAUGUGCGAACUGCUAUGGCCCUCACGUAUAUUUUAUCUGUUUUGUUAGAACGCCCAGGGACAGUUGAAUGACGACAUUUGUUAAAGAGUUGUUUCUUGUGAUUAUGGAUUGGAUGGACAAAACAAACGACUGCGUCUGUUGUGUUGUCAGUUUGUGUGAAACACAGUGCCUUUAUCAUGUUAUCUUUCAAAAAAUAUCUUUAUUGAACCAAUCCAUGCUUUUAUUGUUAAAAGUUUUGAUUUCCCGUCAGUCCCGUUGUAUUAUUUAGCUGCAGUCAUGCUUGCUCACUUCUGUUCUGAUAGAUCCUCUGCUGUAAAUAUGUACAUUAUCAUUUCAUAUGUCUUCAGACCCGCACCACAUGUCCAUGGUGUUUCUGUUUUUCGAAGGUAAACGCCAAGAUGUCACUGUGCUGGUUCCACUUGUACAUUUCUUUUAAAAAGGUACUUCAUAAUAAAGAUGUUAAAUAAA